CCAACGGCUGCGGUCUGAUUGCUGAGCUCAGGGAGGUUGGGUUCCCUCAGGUGUGCUUAAAACCCGUUUAUGUCCGUAAUGUCCAAUUGGUCUGGACAUUACGGGGAGGACAAAAAUCAACAGAAAAAAAACAGCUUAUUUUAGCCUCGAGCGAGAUUCAUCCAGCUGGGAAGGCAAGAUUUCACCACUAGCACAGCACCACCAUAACAGCAGAUGGAGCGAAGGGAAGAACGACGCGAUGGGGAGCAGAAACAAGACCAGAGUCUCAGCUUUGACCUGGAGGGCAAUUAUAAAAGUUUCCUAAGUUCGGCCGCCAUCCAGCAGAGGGCUUCGCUGCCUGGUCAUCCUUACAUGGAAUCGUUCAUAUAGGAUUAAAGAUGUCGGCUAUUUCAGCGAGCUGCAUGGCGGAGAGCCGUCAACUUCUCAGGAGAAGGUGAUGGUACGUCAGAAAAGCGGAGGAGACAAUGGGGGAAAAAUUGUAACAUGAUGAAAAAAAAAACAUAAUGCCAAUAAGCAAGAUUGAUUUUGAGGGUUAUCCUCAGUUAAUGCACUUUAUGAAGAUAAGUUUUAUCUUUCAGUCAAGAGCAAUCACAGACGUUGGAGCUCUCAGUGUGCUAAUAGCAGCGAUCUCACCUCUCGGUGUGCAGACAUUCAGCAGGACUUCAGUCUGAAGGAAAGACUGCACCUCUUUACAUCUGCAGCUUUACUUUUUUUACCUGUGCACAACAAGUCAGAGCGAUGAAGCUACACACUUUUUUAAUGUGUAUCAUGAAUUAUUUGCUGUUGACAAAUCAAGAGGAGCAGAAAUCGGAAGAGAAUUGGGAUUCAUGGAUUUCACUCGAUAACAACACUUAUGUUUACCCUACUGACUAUGAGGAUAGCUCCCCCUGCGAACGGCACGUGCCGGGAUUUAACUCCCUCACCCUUCUGGUCAUCUACAUCAUCGUGUUUGUGUUCAGCCUCCUGGGCAACAGCGUGGUGGUCUUCGUGGUCUGCUCUAUGAGCAGAGGCAGAGCCAGCACAGAUAUCUACUUGAUGCACCUUGCCCUGGCUGACCUCCUCUUCUGUUUCACUCUCCCCUUCUGGGCCGUCGAGUCUCACUUCGGUUGGAUCUUCGGCACCCUCCCCUGCAAGUUCAUAUCCAGCUUCCAGGAGGCGUCUGUGUACAGCGGCGUCUUCCUGCUGGCGUGCAUCAGUGUGGACCGCUACUUUGCCAUCGUCAGAGCGACGCGAGUGUUGUCCUCCCGCCACCUGCUGGUGAAAGUGAUCUGCGGCGUUGUGUGGCUGAUGUCCGGGUUGCUGUCUGUACCCUUAGCGGUUCAAAGGGAGGAAAUCUUUCCACUGGGACUGGAGCAUCCCAUUUGCUACGAGAACCUAACCGGGGAGAGUAGCGACCAGUGGCGGGUCGGCCUUCGAGUUCUGCGGCACACUCUGGGUUUCUUCCUCCCCCUGGUGGUGAUGGCGUUCUGCUACGGCUGGACGGUGGUGACGCUGUUCAGCACGCGCAGUCAACAGAAGCACAAGGCCAUGCGCGUCAUCCUGGCAGUGGUGCUGGCGUUCAUUUUUUGCUGGCUGCCUUACAACAUCACCGUUCUGAUAGACACGCUCUAUCGAGGCGGGUCGCUCGAAGAAACCUGCAACGUCCGCUACAGAGUGGAGGCCCUGCUGGAGGUGACCAAGGUUAUCGCCUUCCUGCACUGCAUGGUGAACCCGGUGCUGUACGCCUUCAUCGGGGAGAAGUUUCGGAACGAGCUGCUGACAGCUCUCUACAAACAGGGCAUCAUCAGCAAGAAGCUCUGGGUGUCUUACAGGAAGGGUUCUGCGGCCAGCGUGCCUAGCCUCAGGUCCAGAAACACCUCUGUAUCGGUGUAAGCUAGCGCUGUCUCAUGGGCUAUGUUCACACAGCACGUCCUGAUGCUCAGUUCCAAUAUUUUUGGGGUUUUUCAUGGUCAUUCAUAAUUAUAAACCCAACUUCAAUGAGAUUUCUGUGCAAACGGUUCAUGUCCCCAAAGCGACCUGCUUGUGCAGAAGAAACCUGGACGAUAAAUCAGUAACAAUAUAUAAAGCAGUAAAGAUGUGAGCGAUAUCGAUAGACAGUACGUCCAAUAUAAUACUCAACAAUUUCACUGAACUCCGAUGCAGAACCGCACAGCAUUCUGGGGGAUGUAGGCACAGAAAAGGCUUUAGCAACCAGCUAACCAAGGUCGGUGGCAUCAAGUAACUCAUUUACUCUUUGGUUACCUAGCAACAACCUAUUGGGUUUCAGGUUUUAUUAUUACUGUUUAAAAAUAAAAAUCAGCAUAGAGUGAAGGGAAAACAUGAGUACAACAGUUUGAGAGGAAAUGUCACAAAACCAGUUUGGCAGAAAUUCAGACAUUUGAAACAAUAAACUAACAGUAACUAUCAAUAUUGACUGAUGGUCAAUAACCCUUGAAUCGUGUUACGUUUUUCAGCCAUAUUGUCCCGCCUUACUUUGACGUCACACAGCAGCACAGUGUUUGACAGUCAUUUAUGCAUCGAUGUUAUAGUUUAUUCAGCAACAAGAGCCAACGGUAUCAUCACAAAACGAAGAAGGCUGAUGAAAGGACAGCGUCGCCAAUGGCAACGGCUUUUUGUGAUUAUGACUUCUGUAAAAAAGUCAGUCCGGAUGCGGAGCUGCAGCAAAGAGUGGAGGGAUUGUGAUGUGAUGCGCUUCACUGACACAAACCUCUUUCAUCAUUUCAUGAUCAUUUUCAGCCGUUGUUUACGUCCAGAAAUCUGAUUUUUUUGGGGGGGGGGUGAAAACAUCGGGUUUGGGCCGUUUCAGACUGAAAGAAGUUGGAUAUGGGUCCCAUACGGGUAAUAAAGAAAUGGGUUUGGGUCACAUUUGUCUGCUGUGUGAACAUAGCCACAUGUCAUAUCGUUACUGUUGCACUGAUGCAAAUAUGUAGAAGUGAGAUAUUUAGCAGUAUCUAUAAAAUCCAGAAAAGUGUAAGCAUUUAGCAGAAGUCUUAAAAUCUGUCUCUGGCUUCGUGUUUCUAACUGCAGUGGACCUCCUGCCUAUUCGCGGUUCAGUAUUUGCAAAUGUGUAAGAUCAAGGAUCAGCAACCUUUUCCAUUCACAGAGCUACUUUUUCCCCCGCUGCUACAAAAUAAAACUUGCCUAGUGUCACAAAAAAAAAAAAAAGUUUUGCGGCGCUAAACUAUUUUUUAAAAAUGUACUUCAUACAUUCCAUAAAAUGUUUAAUUAUGAAAGUUAACAAAAUUAUGCUAAAAUGUAUUCAAAUUUUCAGAAUUUUGAACAAAUAUGACAAUUUAGCAGAAUGGGGUGAGUCUUUUCUAUAAAUAUGGAAAACGGAGAAAUAUGUGUAGCAUAGUUUGAAGCUGGGUAUCUUUUAAAAGCCUGUUGUAGAUAUUAAAAGUAGAUUUUACGACCUUUGACCUAGGCACCAUGCUGCGUGACAUCCUAUUGGCUGGUGUUUGCAAAGCAGCCAAUCCAGGAAUGAUCGGUUGUACCCCAAAUAAUGGAGAUGAGUCGGACUGUAGAUAUUAGCGAACUUCAGCAGUAGUGCCAAGAUGGUUUCCAUAUUUUUCCAUAUUCUUGUUCCAUAUUUUUGGUGUUUAAAGUUUUAAAUAGGAAAUUAUAAGCAUUUUUAGAGGAAGCUUCAGCUUUUGAGGGGCAGCUUUAGUCCUGGGGGUUUACCUGUUAUUUUUUAAAUACUUAUUAGUCUCAAGAUAAAACACACACAUUUCACAAAGCAAAGAAACUUCAACUACUUUCAAAACAAAUAACAAAAAACCCCAAAAUAUUACAUCCUGUCCUCAGCAGACUUUUUUUGUCACAAGACGUUUCCUCAGGUGUAACGUUGAUAAGAUCUCUGAAGAACUAUGAAGUCAAGCGGAAAAACAAUUAUUCAGAGAGAGAUACUUUAAGAUGUUUAGUCUUUUCAAAUCCUGAAACAAAAACUUUUUCAAGAUGGAGUUCAUCUUGGAAAGCGGUGGUUCCUGAUUUGGAUUAAACCCAUUACUAAUUUUUGUCGACGUUUCAUCAAUUAUGUCAUUUCUUCAAAAAGAAAUGACAGUGACAGUGUGCUACCAUCAAUAAAUAUGUCAUCUCAAGACUUAUAAUGUGGUCCGAACUAUUAGAAACUGAUGGUGAUUCUCCUGGAGAAAAUAGUUUGAGACAAACACUUUAUCUGAUCAUCAGGAACCGUCUCCAUGGCAACAGGAGUUUGUGUUUGGUGCUUUGAAACAUGCAGGAGUGUGAAACCACACAAUUCGCAGUUCAGUAUUUGCAAAUGUGUAAGGUUUGCAAAUACCUUACACACUUGUGUAAGCUAACCCCAACCCUUACCCUAACCCCAACCCUAACCCUUACCCUAACCCUUUUUGGGGUCUGUGCAAUGAUUCAUAAGCAGCAAUCUGCAAAACAUCAUAAAGCCAUUUUCAGAAACUCUCAGGUAUUAAAACGUCCCCGUUCCCAGAAAUCACAGUAAAAUUCACCCCAAGAUUAGAAGGUCAAAGGUUGAGGGCAAGAAAAAACAUAGUUGUGCCUUAAUGAAACAAAAUACAACAGACGCAACAACCUUUUGACCGAUGAAGCCAAAGUAGAAAUGGUUGUCCAUGUUUGAAGACAUCCAAACACAGAUUCCGGUAAAGCUUGGUGGUGGUGGAAUAGUGAUCUGGGCUUGUUUUGCAGCCAAAUGUUGAAGAAUCAGACGUGAGGUCAUGAUGCUGGCAGCUGAAUCUUGACCAACAUUGGGUUAUAAAAGUAUCUUCUCUUGCAGAGCCCAUUAUUGACCCAAUGUUGGGCAAAACGUAGCUGGAUGCUUGCAGACCUCAAUAAGCUGAAGCAGUAAAUAUGAUGCAGUUUUGUUUCUUUUGACGUAGAGUGUUAGAAAACCCAGUCAUUCUUAGAGGUUCUGAAAUGUCUCCGUUCAUUUCUCCUGAAAACCCCCUCAAAGUUCCCGUUGGCGUCUAACGUCAAUAAAGCAUCUGGCUUCUGCAGCUGUUCUCGAUGUUUGACUUUUGAGUCAACCUCAUCACACUCUGACUUCUGAGAAAGCAUCAAAUGUCAAUGAAUUUGAAAGGAAAAAUCAACUCAUUGACAAAUGUGCAAAACUACGGAGUUAGUUAUCAAGACUUUACAGUUGAAUGUUUCUGAAUGUAAAUGACACAUUUGUAUUUUUAGUUGUUUUGCUGUUGCAAUGUUUCCUAUUGAAAAAAAAAAAUCUUACAAUUAGAUGAAAAAUCUUGAGAGCAGGAAGAGGUAGUGAAACUCGUUUCUGUUUUCACAACCGAGGAACAGCGUGUGCCCUUUGAUGAAUGACUUUCAUUUAUACAACAUUUCUGUGGAAACUGCUGCGUCUUCUUAUCAGUAUUCUCAUCUCAAGUUAAUUUUUUGGUUUCGUAGUAAUGUUUCUGCAUUUGUACAGGAGAAUUGUUCUGGUUUUCAUUGUUGUAAAUUACAAAAUAGAUGCAGAUGUCUGUUUUUUCUGAAUUAAAUGAAUGUUUUUUUAUAAAUGGAAAGCAGCUUUCAGGAUCUAAUCUGUACAGAUCCAGAUUUAAUGCACA